GCCAGAGCUGCUGACAGAGUUUGGGAACAUUGGGUACAUUUGAGUGAGUCAAUCCUAGGCUCAGUUUGUGGUUAGCAUGUCUAAGACUUAAUUCUCAGGGUUCUGGGGUUUAAUGUUAGACACCCAGUCUGAUACCAUCUCUAUAGCGUGUGCCAUCAGCCCCCAAUGCCCUCAUUAACCAGCAUGGAGCCCUACACCUGCAUCCCCCCCAACACACAUACACACACACAUAAUACUCUCUCAUGCAAUGUUUACAACAUAUUCUCACGCACAACAUGAACAUUGAUUGAUACAUCACUGCCAUCUUGUGGCAUUGAUACGUUUUGAAUGCAAUUGUUUUUCCAGAAGCAGUGAUAGUAAAAAAUAAAUAAAAUAAAAACACUUGUUCGUGGAUUGCUUUAUUAGUAGCCUUACUUGUGUAGAAAAUAUAAAUAGGCCAUUUGCAGUGCCAAACAGUAGUCUAUAUGUGAUACUCAACACAAGCAGAAUGUGCUUAAUAGAAUUUGAAGGGCUACUUCACUUUUAUGACAAAUAUUUUCUCUGAUUAUGUUGUGUUGGCCUGGCUUCAUGAAUUUGACAUUACAAUAUCCUUAACUGAGAUGAUGUCGCAAAAUUGUGCCAUCUGUGCUGUACACUUGUUUGUGUUGGUCCAGGACACGCACAUGAGUAGGUUAGAGGUUGCCCCUAACCACUGAUACAAAGUCAGAUGUUUUCUAAUCACCUCAAUGAUAACGUUUAGGAUUGGAGUACAAUAAUCUGAUCCUACAUCUGAUGUUACGAGAGCCUCUAACUUGAGGCAGGCAACAACGACACUUGACGCUACCCUACCGCGGACUGGCUCGAGCCAACACCACGCGACAAGAGUAGAUGCAAGAUGGCGACCCUUUUAGUAUUAGAGGAAUAAGUGCGGUGAAGGAUAGAUAAAGCCAUGCCGUGGGAGCGCCCAGUUUCUGAGCUCGCCAUGGUGAUCUGAAGCCCCAGUGUGGACGUGUCACACCCACACUCACCUACCCACAGACACACACACGGACUGAGCCCCCCAGCAAGUGUGUGCGAUGGACAGGUGUAAGCACGUGGGGCGGCUCAGGCUGGCCCCAGACCACUCCAUCCUCAACCCCCAGAAGUGGCACUGCGUGGACUGCAACACCACUGAGUCGGUGUGGGCCUGCCUGGGCUGCGCCCACGUUGCGUGCGGCCGCUACAUCGAGGAGCACGCCCUGCAGCACUUUCUGCAGCAUCGCCACCCACUGGCCAUGGAGGUCAAUGAGCUCUAUGUCUUCUGCUACCUGUGUGACGACUACGUGCUCAACGACAACGCGACGGGAGACCUCAAGCUGCUGCGCUCCACACUCAGCGCCAUCCAGAGCCAGCGCUACGAGGUCACCACGCGCUCAGGACGAACCUUGAGAUUAGCUAGUGCCCCGCCCGACGCCCCCCAGCCCUGUGGCUCCAGCGAACUGCAGCUGAGGGACGAGGACCGCAUGUUCACGGCGCUCUGGCACCGCCGCCGGGCGCUGAUGGGUCGAGUGUUCCACACCUGGUUCAGCUUGACGGAAGGGGGGAAGAGGAGGGAAGAGGAGGACAGGCAGAGAGAGGAGGAGGAGGAGAGGAGGAAGGAGUUGAGGGAGAGGAGGAAGACGUUGAAGAGGCAGCUACAAGAAGAGUUGGAGAGAGCUCCACCCAGGAAGAGCCACCGCCUGAGGAGAGCCAGUCAGAGAGCUGCUGCCGCCGCUGCUGUCACCCCCCGCCCCACACGAACAUGCACCCCUCACACACCCCAGACCCCCCUCACCCCCCGACCAAGGACCCAGAGCCCCGCCACUCACACCCCCAAGAGAAUGGGCCGCCCCCCUAAAACCCCAGCGCCCAAACCCACUCGAUACUCCACCCCCUCUUCCUCCACCAAAGGCAAAACCAGAGCCUCCUCUGCCCAAGCCCGGACUGCCCCCUCCCCGGCCCCCCGCCGUGCCCCCUCCAAACAGGGCGACUCACCCCUCAAACGGCGGCCCACGGUCACCCCGGGCGUCACGGGCCUGCGUAACCUAGGCAACACGUGCUACAUGAACUCCAUCCUGCAGGUGCUGAGCCACCUUCACAUCUUCAGGGAGUGUUUCCUCCGGCUGGACCUGACGCAGGCCCUGGAGCUGCUGGCCUCGGCUGUCCACGGCCAGCUGGUGGUUCCCAGCCCCGGGGGCCCAGUGUCGUCCUCCCCGCUGGCCCUAAGGAGAGGCCCCCUGGCGGGCGCUGGGCUAAGCGGGGGGGCCUCCAGGGCCCGGAGCAUGGAGCUGAUCCAGCCCAAGGAGCCCAGCUCUAAGCACAUCUCCCUGUGCCACGAGCUGCACACCCUCUUCCAGGUGAUGUGGUCAGGCAAGUGGGCCCUGGUGUCGCCCUUUGCCAUGCUGCACUCGGUGUGGCAGCUGAUCCCAGCCUUCCGGGGCUACGCCCAGCAGGAUGCCCAGGAGUUCCUGUGUGAGCUGCUGGACAAGGUGCAGCACGAGCUGGAGAGCACGGGGACACACACACCGCCCGCUGGUGUGUCAACCGGACAGAGACAUCUCAUCAAGCAGGUGCUCAGCGUGGUCAACACCAUCUUCCAUGGACAGCUCCUCAGCCAGGUGACGUGUCUGGCAUGUGACCACCGCUCCAACACGGUGGAACCCUUCUGGGACCUAUCGCUGGAGUUCCCCGAGCGUUACCACAGCAACAGCCGGGAGAGCGCAGCGCAGGUGUCGUGCCAGCUGACGGAGAUGCUGGCCAAGUUCACGGAGACAGAAGCCCUGGAGGGCAACAUCUACGCCUGCGACCAGUGCAACAGUAAGCGGCGGAGGUUCUCCUCCAAACCCGUCAUCUUGACUGAAGCUCAGAAACAGCUGAUGGUUCACAAACUGCCUCAGGUCCUGCGCCUGCACCUCAAACGCUUCAGGUGGUCUGGUAGGAACCACAGGGAGAAGAUCGGAGUCCACGUCAGCUUUGACCAGCUCCUCAACAUGGAGCCAUACUGCUGCAGAGACCCCUCCCCCAAGAGCUCGCCAUGCUCCAGUCCCGCCUCCGCCGGCUCCCCGUGUCCAAAACACUUCCUGUACGAGCUGUCCGCUGUGGUGAUGCAUCAUGGGAAGGGCUUCGGCUCCGGCCACUACACUGCCUACUGCUACAACAAAGAAGGAAGGUUCUGGGUCCACUGUAAUGACUCUAAGCUGAACGUUUGUUCUGUGGAGGAGGUGUGUCGCGCCCAGGCCUAUAUACUCUUCUACACGCAGCGCUUCACUCAGGACAAAGACAGGCCGCUAUAGGACCAGGACCCACUGAGCCCCGCCCCAAACAUCUCAACCCUGCCCUCUCUCUCUAGCUCUUUAUUUGUGGGCAUUUUAUCCCCUCUGGGGGGAGAAGUUAUCAUUUGAUCAUUCUUUUUCUAAAAGAACAGAGAAAGGACACACUCUUUUUAUUUUUUUUGCUUUGUGAAUUUCUUGUACAUGGUGUUUAUAUGGGUUUUAAAAGAAAAGGAACAUGUUUGUUUUUGAUAGUGUACAGGUUUAUUUUAUCAAGAGUGUCAGCCAAGGUGUGCGUUGUAUUAUAGACACGCCUUUACAGGAGUAGACAGACAGACAGACUUUGGCCAGGUGUGACUGUGUAAGUUUCCUCUGUCAGUAGUUCAGAUUUAUUCAGGUGUCAACCUUUCUGCUUGUCUGCUCUGUGAUUUUAUUUUCCUCAAAUCGAUUUGAAUCAACUAAAAUGUUUCUCACAGCCACUUUAGACAGUUGACUAAGGGAUGUCACAGUCAGUCAAAUUCUCAACUGGAAUGAAGACUGAAACAGGUCAUUCCCUCCAUAAAUAGUCUUUAGAGUUUAACCCCUUUAGUUUCGCCAGAGACUGAAGAGGAAGCGAGACACCUCACUCGCUCCUAUUUUCUGGUUCAUAUACAGUCAAUGAACUAAGCAGACCAGACCUAGCUGCUAUUACAUUGGUGCCUAUGGGAGAGCCACCACUUAUGUGGACUGUGACAAUUUUUUAAAAUGGUAAACAGCCUGAGUGGGACAUCAUUUAUCCACCAUCUUUGGUAUCGCUCUCUGUAGUAAGUCCGGUCGGUCAGGAAAUGGUUCUUGAUUGACUACUGAACUCAAGCCAAAGCACGAGGGGAAACGUUUAAAAAGUAUCUCAGCUUCUCCAAAAACAAUUACACAACAUUUGCAGGAUAUAUUCUUUGACUGGUUUUGGAAAAUCUAUUUUGUAACCAGUUUCCAAAGGGAUGUUUGUUUUUAGCUAAAUGCUGCCCUCUGUCUUCAUAAUGUAAAUGUAUUUCCUGGUGCUGGUGUUUUUAGGCCUCCUAACUUUUGGUUGGUAUCUCUACAGUCACAAGUGUCAUAGAAAAGUGCCCUUCAUAUCAGAACAUAUAUAUUUUUGUAUUUCCUUUGCCAGAAGAGUGUAUUUGGUAUCAGUUCUUUGUAGCACUGUAAAAUGCAGGCCAGCAUUUAGAAUAUUGAAUGUAUUUUUGUAUACUCGGACAUUGAGGGUUUUUCACACGCUUUUUUUAUUUUUAUAAACACGGCAACUGACUGUUAGAUUUUUAAAAUAGUUUUGUAAUUGAUCCCUUCCCCCUCUAGUUGUUUGGAAUCACCAGCAGGUUAGACAGUGUUGUCUUUAAAGAUAUCUGACCCAUCUCUCCUGUGUGUGUUUGUAUACCAGCACUUGUUCACACAAUAUAGUUGGCUCUGUAUUCUUGUGUAAAAUAGCCAGACUGAUGCAAGUAGAUCCUUGCUGUGUGUUUGGCAAGACUGUGAGUGAGUGUGUGAGAAAGAAAGAUAUCUCCAUGCUGGUACUAGCUAAACUGCUCUCAACCUAAAUGCUGUUCAUCUCUCUAGAGUCACCUUUUGGGGAGAAUUCAAAGCACAUUUCCACUUCAUCCUUUUUUCUGUCCGAUGUUUGUUGGCAUUGUGCUCAUACUGCCUCAGGUGUGUGUACAUUUAUGGAAGUGAUACUAUGCAAAUUCUUACCUCAAUUUUUAGAGAAAUUUACCUCAUGAGAAUAUAUUUUCAUUUUUCUAAGAAAA